UGCACACAGUUCGCGUCUGUCGAUCGUAUUCGUGAAAGUCAAGCGUCGAACAACGGAUUUUUCAGGCUGUGGCCGCGGAGAAACUUGGACUUUGAACAGCUAGAAACGGACUCACCGAAUCACAUCCACACACACAUUUUAUUUUGUAUGCAUACACAUAAACAGGCCGACUCUCAAACAAAACAGACCCUUUAAGCGUCGCACAAAUUUUUAACGCAUUUAUAAUUAUUUGGCAUCCACAAGGAGCGUCCCGCUGGAAUACAUCAAGAACCCAAGGAAGCAGUUAGAAUGUCGAGGCUCGUGUUAAGGUACAACCAACCCUUGGUCCAAAAUUUGGCAAUCAUUUCGGGCCUGCAAACUGUCCAAGCACGGAAUUAUUCGCUCACCGCCAAGAGACAACAAAUAAAACGUGCUUCUCAGACCAGGGAAUUGGCCACGGGAAUCAUUCAAUCUCCCCUGGGUGCCGCACCAAAAAUUCCAAAUGAGAACCUGGUGGAGUACGUUUACAAGGGUUCGGAGCAGUGGAUCGAAGAACCGGCGGCGACGUGUGCUGUUUCUGGUCGUUCUUACACCUACGGUAUGAUGAGAAUGUUAAUUAACAGAUGUGCUCAAGCACUUUUGGGCCAUUGCGGUCUUAAACCCAGAGAUGUGGUGGGUUUACUACUGCCUAACAUUCCCGAAUUCAUCAUAAUCUGUCAUGGAGCCAUCGAGGCUGGACUCACAGUCACUUUUGUGAAUCCCCUAUAUACACCAGAUGAAAUUAGAAGGCAAUUUGAAAAUGCCGGUGUAAAAAUGAUCGUGACCGUCCCCUUAUUGUUAGAAGUAGCGACAACAAUUGGUCCCCUUCUACCUAAAUACAAUUCCACAAUUUGCAUCGGAGGCGAAGACGAUCCAGCGAACAAAGUCCACGGACUUCAAAGUCUUUUAACCGCCGGUCACGAAGCCGAAUUGCCUGGGAUAAGUCCUAGGGAACUCGCACUUUUGCCCUAUUCCAGUGGCACUACAGGCUUACCCAAAGGUGUAAUGUUAUCGCAUCAAAACUUGGUCGCGAACUUGGUACAAGGUGACCAUCCAGCUUUGAUGGAGAAGGAAACGAAAGACGGAUCAAAACAAAAAGUACUAACGGUCUUGCCAUUUUUCCACAUCUACGGGUUCAACGGCAUCAUGAACAUCUCGUUAAGGGAUGGCCAGCAUUUGAUCACGAUCCCUAGAUUUACACCUGAGGAUUAUAUUAAAGCUUUGACAGAAUAUCGACCUACCUUCUUGUUUGUGGUACCUUCUUUACUGUUGUUUUUGGCCACGCAUCCUGCAGUUACCAAGGAUCACUUGGCUUCCAUCGAAGGAAUUCAAUCGGGAGCUGCUCCUCUAACUGAAGGUCUUCUACAGAAAUUCAGAGAAAAGAUCAACAGGCCCGACGUGUUAAUUCGCCAAGGGUACGGAAUGACCGAGAGUUCACCUGUAACAUUCUGUAUGCCUAAGUUGACACCACCCUCAAAACUUGGAACUAUUGGUAUCCCUUAUCCAGGAACGGAAGCAAAAGUCAUUAGCUUAACAACUGGAGAGGUUUUAGGUACUCACAAAUCUGGAGAACUUCUAGUAAGAGGUCCACAGUUAAUGAUGGGAUAUUUGAAUAAUGAUGAAGCUACAGCAGAGACCAUUGAUGAAGACGGUUGGUUACAUACAGGAGAUGUAGGAUAUUAUGAUGAAGAUUCAUACUUCUACAUAGUUGAUAGAUGCAAGGAGCUCAUUAAAGUUAAAGGAAACCAGGUUUCACCAACGGAAUUGGAGAAUCUUCUUUUGGAAGUGGAAGGCAUUGCUGACGCAGCAGUGGUUGGUAUCCCUGAUACUUUGGCUGGUGAAGUACCCCGGGCCUUUGUGGUGAAGAAGCCAACGUGCAAAUUGAACGAAGAUGAAAUUUCCAAAAUCAUCAAUUCCAAAGUGACACACUACAAAAAAUUGGCUGGAGGAGUCAUUUUUGUCGAAAACAUUCCUAGAAAUCCUUCCGGAAAAAUCCUGAGAAACGAACUUAAAAUUAGAAAACAUUAAAGGUUAUUGUAUGAGCCGGUAUUAUAAUAUAAAAAAAAACUUUCACCGGAUUUAAGACUGAACCAAAGAUUAAAUAUAUAAUUUCUUCGAAGUAUAUGUUUAAUCUUUGUCUGAACUUUAUUGGAAACUGACUAACAUACAAAGAUUGAAUUAGGGCAAGGAUUAAAAAAAUACAUAGAUAAAAACUCAUUUUUGGUAGUUUCUUAAUGAUGUGUAUAAAAUGUAAAUAAUUUUAGAUAAUUAGGUAUUAGUUUUUUUUUCAAAUAUUUAUUGAGUUAGGCUUUUUAACUUUAGUAUUUAAGAAAUUUUGUACUUAUGUUAAGAUUUGUUUCAAAUAAAAUAUUUUUUACAA